AUGGGCCGCUACUUUAGCUUCAGCCACGCAGUGGCGGUCGUUGCAUUGGCGGUCGCACUCUCCUCGCCUUUUGCUUUGUCUUCUGAUGUCGCUGAGGUUCAUACCUCCGACACCACCACGCCGUUAUCGCCACUUUCUGAAGCUCUUCGACAGGUACAGACUGAUAAUGCGUCAGUACGAGACCUCAGCAUUGCUGCGCUGUCCCCUUUAGUGCCUCCAGUCGAGCGCCGUGACGCGCUAGUACAGCUUGGAGACAUGUAUUUUUACGGUAACCACUCGCUGGCCACGCGUGUGAAUGGCACGCUGGCCUUGAGUCUGUACGCUGAAGCGGCUGCUUUGGGGGCGCCAAGAGCGCAGUUUCACGUGGGUGUGGCGCUAAGCUACGGACUCUGGGGCUUCCCGCGUGAUGAAGCCGCCGCUAUUACGCGAUAUUACUUUGCGGCGCUGGAUGGGGACAUAGGCGCUUCAAUGGCAUUGGGACACAAACAUUGGCUGGGAGUUGGUGUCCCGAAAAAGUGUGAAUCGGCCGUGCGCUACUAUGAAGUGGCAGCCAAUGAAGCCGUGGCAAGACGCGAGCACAAUAUGAGCCAUCCGGCCAUCUACGACCUGCCACAUCGCCGACUGAAAACGAUAGUGGCAGCGCAACACAAGAAAAACUCGCCUGGCGACAGCGCGAUCGUUGAUUUCUAUCAGUUUUCGGCCGACAAAGGCGAUCCCGACGCUACACUAAACUUGGCAACGUUGUACUACUAUGGCGCGCGUGGACUGACACAAGAUUUGCAGCGUGCAGCAGUACUUUUUCGGAAAGCCUAUGAGCUGGGAUCUAGCGAAGGAGCGUAUUACUUGGGACACAUUCACAGUCUUGGGAUUGGGACUCCGCAAAAUAAUGCCACCGCGCUCAAGUACCUGCAGGAGGCAGUAAAUGAAGGCAACGCGGCAGCUCAAAAUGAGCUGGCGCAAAUGUAUAUGCUUGGAAAAGGUGUCAAGCCGGACAAGGAAAAGGCGGUGGAUCUCUUCAGAGCUGCAGCUAGGCAAGGCAGCAUGGAGGCGUUCUACAAUCUGGGUGUCCUUCGCAUGAAAGGUGAAGGCCCAAAUGGUGCCACACUGUUGACGGAGUACCCUGAAUAUGAAGUCGCGCAUGGGUAUUUCCAGGUGGCUGCACACCAGGGCCACAUGAUUGCUAGUCACAAGCUUGGUCACAUGAGUCUGCACGGUAUCGGCACAACUCGCUCGUGCAAGAAUGCAGUCGAGUCAUUUAAAAUGGUGGCGGAGCGUGGAGAAUGGGAUCGUGUGCUUACUCAGGCAUACAAAGAUUUUAUGCGCCAGGACUACGAGGCUGCUUUCAUGAAGUAUGCUGUGAUGGCACAGCAAGGCUACGAAAUUGCUCAGCACAACGCUGCGUAUCUGUUGGACAAUGGUUUUUUAACACCAUCGGCGUUUUCGCCGCUGUUGUCAUGGACGCCCUCUGCUAUGGAUUUUGGGGAGAAUGUUGUGACCUCUACUGCUGUGAUGCUGUAUAGGCUAGCAGCGCAACAAGGUAAUGCGGACGCUAACCUGAAGAUUGGCGACUAUUACUAUUAUGGAAAAGGUGGCAAUCGGGCGGACUUUGUUAAGGCUAGUGCGCACUAUUCUCUUGCUGGCAAACAGUCUAACGCAGAGGCCAUGUUUAACCUCGCGCUUAUGUAUGAACACGGAAUUGGCGUAGACCAAGACUUUUACCUGGCCAAGCGUUUCUUUGAUAAGGCACGUCAAGCGCACAGCGAUGCCGGUGUGCCGGUAACGCUUGCACUGUGGAAGUUGCGAGUUCACAAGUCGCUUUACUCAUGGAAGACGUGGUGGGACGAGUUUGUAGGCAACGUGCCGCCGUCCACAACGAGAGAACCGACUUCGUUGGUUUCAUCGCUUCUUGCCGCGUCACGCAGCAAGAGGGACGUGGGUGACACAGAAGCGGAAGUGGACGCCUUUUUGUUUUCUUUGCUGGAUGAGUGGUGGUGGCCUGACGGUGACACCCCGAGCGCGGAUACUUUUUUGCACGGUAUCUAUAACAACUGGGGUGAGAUGUUACAAUCCGAAAAUUUUCUUAUCUUGGUAUUGACGGUUGCCCUUGGCGUCGUUCUGUACAUCCGCUCCAAGCGGCAAUAUUUACAAGCGCCGCCUCUGCAGCAGCAGCCACAGUAA